AUGGUUCAUAUGGAUAAUGAUACUCUGAUGGUGAUACCGGAAAAUGCCAAUAUCGCUGUAAACAGUAUUCCAACUACAAAUGGCAAAAAUCUCCCUUCCUACCAACAUACUGCUUCCUCGGUGAUGGCACAUUCUCACAUGUCUCCAGACAUGAAAAAUAUUUUAUCUGACAUUUCUGCUUUAUCUAUCUCUUCAAUGUCAGAUUAUCAUUUGUUCAAUUUCCCUGGUAAAGAUUUACAGAGAGAACAAGUCAUCGAUUUAUUAGAUUCUCAAGGAUUUAUCCCUGAAGAUUUGAUUGAACAGGAAGUUGAUUGGUUUUAUAAUUCUUUGGGUAUAGAUGAUCUAUUCUUUUCAAGGGAGACUCCUGAAUUAAUAACAAAUAUUGUUCACACUCUCUAUGCAUCAAAAUUGGAUUCUUUUGCAAAAGAACAAUUUUUAAAUCAAACUUUGAAAAACUUAUCAAAUUCAAAUGACAGCAACGCUAAUAAUGUCACCUCUUCCGUUAUCACUAAUACUUCUACCAAUUUGAACAUUAAAAAUAAAAUUAUUAAAGAUCAAAAUCAUGCAAUCUUUAUGGAAUCUAAUAAUUAUUUUAACACUUCCUAUGAAUUGGACUCAGAGAUUGAUGACCUUUUCUUAGACAGAAAUAUUUUAUACGACACAAAUGAUGCUUCUCACAGAUUGGUCUCUUUCUGUGCUCCUGAGAGUGAUUUGAAGUUGACUUUUGUUUACAAGAGUAAUUUUCCUCCUUUGAAUUCUCAAUUAAGCAGUAAGAUUAAACCAGAUUUGUUGGCUGGCGAUAUCGAAUCUAUUAGUGAUGUUACUCUUUGGCAAAUCUUGUCACCUGAAUCCAAGAAACUGUACGGUCUGCUAAUCAAAUUGGUACAAGAUAGAGAGGGGCCAAUCAUCAAGACUACCCAGUCCAGUGAAAAUCGUGACGAAAUUAGAUUGUUAAUAGCUUACAAGUCAAAUACCACGAUGAAGUAUUACUCUGCUAUUAAUUCUUUAUUACAUUACUACAAGUUAAAACCUUCCAAAUUUUACAUGGAAUCCUUUGGUGGUCAGUCAACUUCACCAGUCACCAUCUUUUCUAUCUAUCUAAACAAAAAGCAACAAAGUAUUGACAUGUUACCUGAUGAAAUCGAAGUCUAUAUUAAACAAAUUGAAAGAGAAGCUUCUUUGCUAUAUGCAAUUCCCAAUAGUACUUUUGGUAAUUGGUACAAGGAUAGACAAAUUUCUCCACAAGAAGCUAUUUAUGCCUAUAUCGGUACAAUCUUUAUCAACCACUUCAUUAAUAGAUUGGGUUCUGAUUAUAAGAAUUUGAUCUCACAGCUUAAUCCCCGCGAAGAUGAUACUACAUUAUUGGAAGUCAUUGAUAAUUUAAAGAAAAAAUUGAGAACUGAAACUUUCACUGAAAAUGUUAUAAUUCAAUCUUUAAAGAAAAAUUAUAAGAUUGUAUCGAAAUUAUACAAGAAUUUUGCACAGGUUCAUUAUAUUUAUAAAAAUUCAACUACUUUAGAAAAAACCUUAUCAUACAAAAGAUUAUCUAAAUUAGAACCAUUCCAAAACGAUCAAGAGUUUGAAAUGCAUUUGAAUAAAUUCAUUCCAAACGAUUCACCAGAUUAUUUAAUUUUGAAGACGUUGAAUUUAUUCAACAAAUCUAUUUUAAAGACCAAUUUUUUUAUCACUAGAAAAGUUGCUAUUUCCUUCAGAUUAGAUCCUAAAUUAAUCAUACCACAAGUGGAAUAUCCAGAAAUUCCAUAUGGUAUUUUCUUUGUGGUUGGCAACACUUUUGAAGGUUUUCAUAUUAGAUUCAGAAAUAUUUCUCGUGGUGGUAUCAGAAUCGUCACUUCAAGGACACAGGAUAUCUUUGACGUCAAUUCUAAGACCGUUAUCGAUGAAAACUACAACUUGGCAUUAACUCAGCAACGUAAGAAUAAAGAUAUCCCAGAAGGUGGUUCUAAAGGUGUUAUUUUAUUGCAUCCAGGCCUUGUCGAUAAACAACAGACUUUUAUUGCAUUCUCUCAGUACGUGGAUGCUAUGAUUGAUAUUUUAAUCAAGGACCCGUUAAAGGAUAAAUAUAUCGAUUUGUUAGGCACUGAGGAGAUUUUAUUCUUUGGUCCUGACGAAGGUUCUGCGUCAUUUGUUGAUUGGGCUACAAAUCACGCGAGAAAACGUAAUUGUCCAUGGUGGAAGUCCUUCUUGACUGGUAAAGGUCAAGAAUUAGGUGGUAUUCCACAUGAUGAAUUUGGAAUGACUUCCCUUGGUGUACGUGCAUAUGUUAAGAAGAUCUAUGAUACUUUGAACUUGCACAGUAAGACGAUCUACAAAUUCCAAACUGGUGGUCCUGAUGGUGAUUUGGGUUCUAAUGAAAUUCUCUUAUCGACAGAUAAUGAAGUAUACGUUGGAUUACUUGAUGGCUCUGGUGUAAUCUGCGAUCCAAAGGGUAUUGAUAAAGAAGAAUUGAUUAGGCUUGCUAAACAAAGAAAGAUGAUCAUUAAUUUCGAUAAGAAGAAAUUAAGUAAAGCUGGUUUUAUUGUAUCUACUGAAGACAUGGAUGUUAUGUUACCAAAUGGUGCAAUUGUUUCUAAUGGUACUACUUUCAGAAAUGUUUUCCACACAGAAAUAUUCAAGUUUGUUGAUCGUGUGGAUCUAUUUGUUCCAUGUGGUGGUAGACCUAACUCGAUUAACUUGAACAACUUACACUGUUUUAUUGAUGAAAAAACUAACAAAUCUUUGAUCCCAUAUAUUGUCGAAGGCGCCAAUUUAUUUAUUUCGCAACCAGCUAAAGUGGCAUUGGAGUCACAUGGUUGUAUUUUAUUCAAAGACGCUUCUGCCAAUAAAGGUGGUGUUACAUCAUCAUCAUUAGAAGUUUUAGCAUCUUUAGCCUUAAAUGAUGAUGAUUUUCUCAAUAAAUUCAUUGGUAAAUAUUAUCAAAGUCAAGGUAUUUCACAAAUGUACAAGGAUUAUGUAGUUGAGGUACAAAAAAGGAUUGUUAGUAAUGCUGAAGCAGAAUUUAAACAAUUAUGGGAAUUAAACCAAUCUACAGGUAAGCCAAUCUCAGAUCUAUCAAACAUUCUAUCCCAAACUAUUAACAAGUUGAAUGAUGAUUUAGUAUACUCUGAAGAAUUAUGGUUGAAUGAUAUUCAAUUAAGAAAUUAUUUGUUAUUGGAGAAAAUUAUUCCUAAGUUGUUGGUAGAUGUUGCUGGUCCAGAUCAAAUUUUACAAAACAUACCGGAAUCCUAUUUGAGAGUUUUGUUAUCUAGUUACUUAUCCAGUUCAUUUGUUUACAAGGAAGGUAUUGAUGUUAACAUUGGUAAAUUCCUUGAAUAUAUUGGAUAUUUACGAAGGGAAGAAAAGAAUAAGCGAAUUUCAACUCAAACAGCAUAA